AUGGAACAACUCAAUUUGACUGCGGUCGCUCUGGAGGCUAUCCUCAAACCAAUGGUGGACGCCGCUCUUGGACGUAGAUUCGAGACACAGCAAUCAUCGAAUCAAAAUUAUAUGCCUGUCGAAGCGGCAGCCGUCGUGGUUCAUCCUUCAUCCCACACCUCUCAGAACGCUCCUAGAGCAGUCAAUGCUCCGUCUAUCAACAAUGGUGUCGGCUCGGCUCUUUCUGAGAUAAAGAAACUUUCUUCUGGUGCAAUCGCACCAAUUAUAUCAUCUAUAGCUGGACCCGAUACAACAGUUGCACUUCCGGCAGCUGCAUCAAAUCCACUACUGCGAUCGGUCUUGAAGAGAUCGUAUGUCAAGACCGCAGUUGCACCAAGAAAGCUUCCUCCUUCAGCACUCCCAGAGAACGCAAGUAUCUUGCUAAGCUUCAGCAACCGCAACGAUGCUGUGCAGGCAGUCCAUGAUUCAGCAGCUACGUGGUCAUGCCCCAGUCCGGAUCCUACAGUACCGACCAGCGACGAGGAGCGGCAAGAAUAUAUCCGUGGCUUGCUCGCCGCCAUGAUGAACCGUGAAGGCUGUGGCAACAUGGGCCGAAAGGGAAUGCGCUGGCAAGUCGAUCGAAAUCACUACUCUGAGUAG